AUGGAGAAGAAAAGCCCACAAUUGCCCUCUACAAGCGAGCAGAUCUUGGAAAGGUCCACGAAGGGUGCUACGUUUCUGAUGAUGGGCCAGCUUUUUACCAAGCUGGUAACGUUCCUACUGAACAAUCUGUUAAUCAGGUUUCUUUCGCCCAGAAUAUUUGGUAUCACAGCAUUCCUGGAAUUUAUACAGGGAACAGUGUUAUUCUUCAGCAGAGAUGCGAUCCGUUUGUCCACGUUGAGAAUUUCAGACUCUGGUAAUGGAAUAAUCGAUGAUGAUGAUGAAGAUGAUGAGGAAGGGUACCAGGAAAGUCAUUAUAAAUCUAAAGUCCUGCAGACCGCGGUUAAUUUUGCGUACAUCCCGUUCUGGAUUGGAUUUCCCCUUUCUAUAGGUCUUAUCGCGUGGCAAUACAGAAACAUCAAUGCGUACUUCAUCACUCUGCCAUUCUUCACGUGGUCGAUCUUUCUUAUUUGGCUCAGUAUAAUCGUCGAGCUGUUGAGCGAGCCGUUUUUUAUCGUCAACCAGUUCAUGCUGAACUAUGCCGCAAGGUCGAGAUUUGAAAGUAUGGCGGUGACUACAGGAUGCGUUGUCAAUUUCAUAGUCGUUUAUGCCGUCCAGCAAUCUCGUUACCCCAUGGGAAUUGUGACUGCGGACAUUGAUAAAGAAGGCAUUGCUAUAUUAGCAUUUGCCUUAGGAAAGUUAGCUCAUUCGAUAACUUUACUAGCAUGUUACUACUGGGACUAUCUAAAAAAUUUCAAACCAAAAAAAUUGUUCAGUAUUAGACUGACGAUAAUUAAGCCGCAUGAAAACAAUGAAUUGAAGAAAAACUAUUCAAAGGGUACACCUUAUUUUUUUCAGAAUGAUAUUCUACAGCAUUUCAAAAAAGUUUACUUUCAGCUAUGUUUUAAGCAUUUGUUGACGGAGGGUGAUAAGUUGAUUAUCAACUCUUUAUGUACUGUAGAGGAACAAGGUAUUUACGCUCUACUGUCUAACUAUGGGUCAUUACUAACUAGAUUAUUAUUUGCGCCCAUUGAAGAAUCUCUGCGAUUAUUUUUGGCCCGUUUGCUGUCUUCACAUAACCCGAGAAACUUAAAGCUAUCGAUUGAAGUCCUGGUCAAUUUGACAAGGUUUUACAUCUACCUAUCAUUAAUGAUCAUAGUAUUUGGACCUAUCAAUUCAUCCUUUUUACUGCAGUUCUUGAUUGGCUCCAAAUGGUCAACUACUUCUGUUUUGGACACAAUAAGGGUUUACUGUUUUUAUAUUCCAUUUUUAUCGCUAAAUGGCAUUUUUGAAGCUUUUUUUCAAAGUGUGGCCACUGGUGACCAAAUUUUGAAACAUUCAUAUUUCAUGAUGGCUUUUUCUGGUAUUUUCCUACUCAAUUCUUGGGUUCUUAUUGAAAAGCUGAAAUUAUCGAUCGAAGGUUUAAUUUUGAGUAAUAUUAUCAACAUGGUUUUGAGAAUAUUGUAUUGUGGAGUUUUCCUGAACAAAUUCCAUAGAGAAUUGUUCACAGAUUCCUCUUUUUUCUUCAAUUUCAAGGAUUUCAAAACGGUUAUCAUUGCAGGUUCCAUGCUUUGCUUAGUUGAUUGGUGGUUUAUAGGAUACGUUAAGAAUUUGCAACAGUUUUUUGUUAAUGUACUAUUUGCAAUGGGAUUACUAAGUUUAAUUUUGGUCAAGGAGCGCCAAACUAUACAGUCUUUCAUAAACAAAAGAUCAAUUUCUAAUUCCAAAGAUGUAUAA